AGCCUGCUCUUGUCCCGGCCGGCAGGGGUAUGCUCGCGAUCUGGUCAGGGGCUUAGCUCAAUUUACUUGCCCGAAAUUGCGGCCCCCCCAACGUUCAAGAUGCCCACGACACUCUUCGCGGAACACCACCACAGCUCUGCGCUCGGCACUGGGGCUGGCGACGACUGCGACGUGCACUAUAUUCAUCAUUCGAAGAGCCUGUAUAUCAUAUCCGAGCAUGACUACGUCCGCUCAUUGAUCCCGUCCCAGCGCGACGUCUGCGCGAAGGGCCGCGGCCAAUCCCCUCCCACGCGCCUUGGGACUCCGCUUCGACGACACAGCAAGAGGAAGGAACGGCAGGCACCACGACCCCUCAUGGCCACACUGCAAUAUUCGCCCGACGUCAACAUGGCGCUUGGCGGCCCGCCCGGCAGUCCACCAGACCUCACCAACUCCAAGUCCUCCAAGUCGUCCAGCUUCCAUUCCUCAGUGUCAGACGUCAUGGGGCCCAGCGACCUCGCGCACUUCGAGGACAUCACCCUGGACGACGUGCACGGCUUGGGCCCGUCCUCGUUCCCAAUGCCUGCCGCCUCGCCGAACCGCGUGCUCUUCGACGCUCCGAGAGCCAUGUCCGUCUCCUCGAUACCGAGCAGGGCCACCGCGCCGCAUGCGGCUCAUCACUCAUUCCGAGACCUCACCUCGAACACGAAGCCACGGUUCCCGAGCUUGAAGGGACAAGUCAACAAUGUCAUGCGGCAGCAGCAACGGCUGCAUGCGCCGGGCAAAAAGCAGUUUAGGAGGGGCUUCACCUCGCCUUCUGCUCCAUCGCUUGCAAACCUCGCCAAUCUCGCAGCUCCCGUCCGCCGGUCACGGUCGCCCUCUCCCUCGAGCUCGCGUACAUUCCCGCCGGCGCCCCGUGCGCUCGCACGCAAGAGCUCCCACAACCUCGACGUCUCGCCUUCGCCCUCGAUGAGCACCCGCCGGCAGUCAUGGCAGCACUCAGCUCGCAAGAGCGUGAAGGAGCGGGAGGCCGAGUGCGACGACGAAGACGACGAGGUGCCUGAGGACGCCAUCAUCUGGAACGUCCCUAUCUCGCCUCGACCUGCCCAAGAGCGCUCACCAGCCCCGUCGACCGCCCCUUCUGCCGCCCCUUCCGCAUGUGGAAGUCCACCCCAGGCCUCAACGAGUCCUGCAACGAGCCGCCCUACCUCACAGAAAGGCGAACUGUCGUCUGCCAAGACGUCUCCAGCUCUUUCAGACCGCCGCUUCUCUACUCAUUCAUCACCGAGUCUGGCUGAUAAGGAGAACCAGCCACCGACCCAAGGCCUGGUUCGACAGCGGACGAACACAUGGGAAACGACGUAUACCACGCUCGACGCCGACGCAAAGAAGCUCACCGAGGCAUUGGAGGAGUACCAGACCGAGUUCGAGAAACAACAGGAAAUCAAGCGCCAGCAGCCGGGCCUCUCCAGGUCGUCCUCGGUCGAGAAGCCAGAGAAGCCAAAAGCUGUCUCCCUCCCACCAAUUCGCAAGAGCGAUCCCUUGAUUGAUCCCUUCCAGCCGUCUAUGGAGAAGCAGAAGUACCUUUCCCGAACUCGGCCCUCGUGGCUGCCGCCCAAAGAUCCAAAGGAGGAGAAGAAGCACCUGAAAGAAUACCAGAGAAUGCAGGCUCGGAUCCAGGAGUCUGAGCGUCUCGAGGCCCAACGUCAAGAAGAAGAAGCUCUCGCACGCGAGCAGGCUGAGCGAAUCAAGGCUGAAUACUGGUCUACUUUGCUUCUGCCCAACUGGGAUACCGAGAUGUGCAAUCCUGAGCUGAAAGGAUCCCAUCGCAAGAUGUGGUGGAACGGCAUUCCACCCAAACUCCGAGAGGCCGUCUGGAAGAAGGCUAUUGGCAACGAGCUCGAAGUCACCGAGACUACUUACAAAGUCGCCCUCGAGAAGGCGCAAUUGCAGUACAAGGAACGCGGUCCAGCCGCUCUCGACUACCGCUACGGCGAAAUCCUCGAGAACACCAAGGCCGUCUUCCCAGACCUGAAGAUGUUCGCACCGAAGACGCGGGAGUCGGAAGAGCAGCCGCUGCACAAAGAGCUCGUAAACGUCUGCAUUGCCUACAGCUCCUAUCGCCCGGACGUCGAGACCACUACCGCCGUGCACCACAUAGCAGCGCUCUUCCUGCUCAACAUGACGGCAGUAGAUUCCUUCAUUGCGCUCUCCAACAUUCUUAACCGUCCCCUCCCGCUCUCCUUCCUCAUCCGCGACCAUACCGCCAUAACCGCCGCAUACGAUUCCACGCUCUCCGCCGUAUCCAAGAAGAACCCCUCCCUCGCUACUCGCCUUGCCUCCCUCCGCGUCGAGCCCCGCGAUUACCUAUUCCUAAUGUUCAGCGCGCUGUUCUGCGACCGGCUCUCGAUCGAGCAUGCUGCCCGCGUUAUGGACGUAUACGUUGUGGAGGGCGAUAAGAUUCCGCCGCGCGUUGCGGUCGGUCUGCUGGGCAUACUGGAAGGCGCCUGUAUGACCGGCGAACUGGAUGCUGUGCUGCAAGUUCUGCAGAACAGGACAAUCCGAGAGAGCCCUGACGAGUUCAUGGGCAAGGUGUACGAAGCCGGCAAGAGCACCUGAGCGUUGUUCCGAAGAGCUGGAAAGAGAAGAGAGCAGAACAGUAUCAUUGUCAUACAGAACUAGAAGGAGGGUGCAUACACUAUGUCCAGGAGCAAGACGUGCUUCGGGAUGAAGACCGAUCAUCGCUGAGUUUUUUUGGGGAGCAACAAGCAUGGAACUA